AUGGAGUACGUCAUAAGAUUGCCACAGCAUAUCACACAAACCAAUGGGAAAGCUGAAGUGUCUAAUCGAGAAAUCAAGCAAAUCCUGGAAAAGGUGGUAAACCCUAGAAGAAAGGAUUGGUCCCCGAAGCUCGAUGAAGCGCUCUGGGCUUAUCGAACGAUAUUCAAAACACCUUUGGGAAUGUCACCUUUCAAGAUGGUGCUCUUGUUUAACUCGAGGCUUAAGCUCUUCCCUGGAAAACUGAAGUCAAAAUGGUCAGGACCAUUUAAAGUACACCAUGUUUACCCUCAUUGCGUUGUGGAUAUCAAGAAUAUGGAUGAUGUAUCCAUUUUCAAAGUCAAUGGCCAGCAUAUUAAGGCUUAUCAAGGAGUUCCACCCAUGCGUGACAAAUCUGCACUCCUCUUGCACGAUGUCAAAACUUGCUAA